AUGGCACCCCCAACUUCAGGCCCUGGCAAAGCCUCUAGCGCCAAGAAAAGGGGCCCACGUGAUGGUGCUGCUCUAGUUCGAGACCUUGACUCGUGGGACAAAGAUGGCCGUACGACCAGCACAAGCCUGAGGGCGGCUAGGGACGCAGCAGAAGCUGAAGGGAGGCCCUCUGAAGUGCUCAUCAACCUCACCAUCCAGCGAUACCAGAUGGUGACGACCACGCGUGGAAAUCACCGCGAAGUCAAGCUCAAACCCCAGAAAUCCUUCUUCAGAUUCAACCCAGUGAUCAUCUACACCAACUUUGCGCUUCAAAUUGCCAGAACUGUGUACCCCGAGUCCCCUACGCCUUUGCAGGACUACAGGGACGCCGAACCUCAAUUCUACGUGCCCAGAUCCGCCCACUUUGGCGACUAUUACCCCAUCAAAACUGAUGACGACUAUGCGAACUUCCUUCGGGCACUCAAGGCCAUCAAAUGGGAGGGUGCAAGAUGUCUGUGGGAGAUCCGCCCGGAGGAGGAAGAGCCUGCAGACGCUGCCAACGCCUCGGAGGACAGUGAUGUAGAGGUAGUGUCGGUGAGUCGCUCGAGCUCGCCUACUAAGUCGCGAUCGGCCUCUCCUACCAAGGCGCCGUCUGCCAAGAGGCAGAAGAAGGCUGCUGUCACACCCCUUGAGCGCAGGCUGCCAUUGGACGAUACGCUGCCUGAGCUAGGAGAGAUCUGUCGCAAGUGGCCAACUUGCGAUAGGCAGCACUGCAGAGGUGCGCGAUUGCGACUCCACUGCUACGUCGACGACCGUGGCGAUCACCACCCUAUUCAGGACCACCUUCUCGAGAGGUGGGCCCUUGAAAUGAGGAUGCCAGGCUCGCACUACACUGCUAGCAAGCCUCCUCCUACAGUCUUGGAUGAGCUGCCUGUUUCGCGCUACAUACCCAGCACCCCAAGCGCUGCUACAAGCACUCCCAGAAGCACGAUGCUAGACCUCGAGGACUCUGGAGACUGGCCAUCAACUCCGGCAAGCCGCAACCCUGCCUCCGUCUUCACAAGAAGUCUUGCAGAUAUUACCAAUGUGGCAGGCAGCAGACGUGUUGUCAGCGAUAGCGCUGCUGCUGCUGCUGCCUCGCCGCCUCCAGAGGUCAAAGUUGCCUUGUCAGGCCCAUACAUGAGUUGCCUCUGCCUAUCGCGAGAGAAGUACAUGUGGCAAGAUGACGAUCUGCUGGUGAAAUUAGCUAAAGCAUCGAUUUUUGACAUGCACACGCUACAUGACAUGUGGUAUCGCGACAAGCUGCAACAGCUGGGCUUUGGCUUAGUAGAUUGCUCCAGGGUCAAGCAGCUACUCACGGCCUGGGACGACAUACCAGAAGCAGCGCCGGAUGAGGCUCAAAGCAUCCGGGCACGUAGAAUGGAUGCGAUUGGUGCCGACAAGAAGAAGAUGCAACAGAUGGCUGGCCUGCUGCCUGUGUCGCCUACUCUGGGUCAUCCUCAGGCUCUGGCGGCAGCUCAACAGACCAUGGAGGAUAGCCAGCGAACCUAA